UUUUCAUUAUGAAGCAGCUUGUUUCGCUAUUUGCCUUAUUUCCUGUACGUUUUUUAUAUGAAUUUCUUCAGUUCGGAAAGACAUACUGAUAAACUUGAAACUUUUCAAAUGGGAAACAUUUACACUAUCUGUGUUCUCGGUGUAUUGCUUUUUCUUCCGUCUAAAGGAAUUUCCUUCAUACGAAACGCAGGACAAGAUGCUAUUUUCAUGUGGAACAGAACAAGUGGAAGCAUUUUUGAAGCCCAAUGGGGAAUCUUGGAUAAAGGCUUCAUUAGACCAUCUUUUAUUUACAUCAACAAAUUUACCAAUAAACCUAAAGUAAGUAGUGACUUGGAAACUCCAUCUGCGUCAAGAUAUAAAGGGAGAAUCUUUUGGGUUGGAGAUGUGAAUGCUGGUCGUGCUUGGUUCAAGAUGACAAAUCUUAACAUCAAUGAUACCAAAGAGUAUGCUGUCAGRCUACAAGAUGGCAAUGCUGUUGAUACAAUAUAUGAGAUGAAUCUGAUCGUGGCAGACCAGCCAUCAAUCAUGCUUGGAAUUUUAAAAAACCAGACACUCAAUGAGAGCGACUCCCUGAGUAUAAAGUGUGAUGCAGAUGCCAAACCGUCGCCAACCAUCAAAUGGAAGACACCAACAGGAUCUGUCCACACUGGGAAUGUCUACAACAUCCCGUCAGUCAGCAGAUCACAUGCAGGGACAUACACGUGUACAGCUAGUAACGGGAUAGGAAGAGAAGCAAUGGCCAGUAUACAAGUUACUGUGCAGUAUCCACCUGAUAUUUGUGCAGCAAAGUCCAAUCGCACUUCAAAGUCUUGGAAUGGCAACAGUAUUCGCCUGAUAUGUAUAGCAACUGGUUUACCUGCACCACGGAUAUCAUGGUACAAACCAACAAAUCAACAGAUCACUACAGGUGUCAUCAUUUUACCCGGGGGCAGUGAGGUAACAGUACUGACAACUGCUGACCAAGGGGACUAUGGAGAGUACGAGUGUCGAGCAACAAGCAUCCUGGGAAGUGAUGAACAUGUAAUUAAUGUUACUCAAUUGUUUCCCCCAGCUCCUGUUGCCAUAACUAUUACCGAGGUAGAAGCAUCCUCCAUAACUGUCAGAUGGACCAAACCUGGUAAUGAUGGUGGAAGUGCUGUCACUGGUUACAAGGUUGAAGUCAGUACCAAGCCCCCAGUGAUGACAGUUUAUACCCAUACUAUUAUAACAGGAUUGAAAGCAAACACACAGUACACGGUCAAAGUGUAUGCCAGGAAUAUUGUUGGGUAUAGCAAAGAAGUGGAGAAAUCCAUCACCACUAAAGAACAAGGCAAACCAGGUGUUCCUCAGCUAACGAUUAGCAUCAACUAUUCUACGCAAUUAUCUGUCAUAUUGACAUGGACAAAACCUGAUAACAAAGGAGGUGAAAUCAUCAAGUUUACCAUCUACAUGAAAGAGGAUGAGGACUUUAAAUGGACAAAAACAAAGGAUAUCCUUGAUUCAUCAGUUCUGGAGUAUACAUUAACAAACAGCAUUGAAUACGGAAAGAACUAUACGUUUCUAGUGACUGCAUGGAAUAAAUACGGAGAAAGUAUGAAAGAUGAUGUGAUGUCUAAGACAAUAUCCAUACCUCAGAAUAAACCAACAUGUGAAACGAACACACGUGGUAAGACUAAAAACAAUUAUGAGGACGCAAGUGAAAGACACUCAAAAUGUUUGAUUGGUGUUGGUGUCAUAGCUGCGAUACUUGUAGUUUCGCUGGUUCUUAACUUGCUGCAGUUUCUAUACAUAUGGAAAAAGAUCAAACCAAAUGACAAAGGGAGAAAAAAAGUUAAGAACACGUAAGUAUAUAUUAUAUUCUUCGUAUUUUUUCUAUUUGUUUUACAAACCUAUAAUA